AACCGAAUAAUGAAUAACCAAGCGUAAGGGUACUUUUAUUUUUGUGAAGCACCGGUGUCGGAAGUCAUUAAGUUGUUGUUGCACAGGAUGUAUUUAAGUCCUCUUGUUUGUAACUUGUACGAAGACCGUGAAUGUUUAGAAAAGUACUGGAGAGAUUUCGGCUCACCUGGAAGUCGUACCGACACCGUUUUUUGCCCUGGAUUGUACUUAACAUCUCUAAAAAUGAGAAAACGCUGCGCCAAGUCAAAGGGCGCCGCGAGGACAAGUUGGUCCCGGACGAGGAGGUGUCACGGAGUCUUCUGCACCUCUUCCGAGUUCUGGACAGGGCGAAUGGCGGUGUGGAGCUCGGGCAUUUCCACGGCCAGGUAGAAAGUGCCAAGGGGCGCUGUGGACGUGAUGCCAUGUUCCAGUCACUUGGCUUCUGUAUCGAUCGGAAGCCCAGCACGCUUCCUUCUGCGGGAACUGGAGUGUUCGUCACCAGGGGCUCAGUACCCAGAGGAGCAACAGUUGCCAUGUAUCCUGGCACCAUCUACCAACCUUAUGAGCCGAUUCUGCUCCAAUCCAUCAGAAACCCUUUUGUCUUUCGGUGCAUCGAUGGCGUCUUGGUUGAUGGAAACGACAGAGGCAUCUCCAAGAUGGUGUACAAGUCAUGCAGUGGCAGGGACCGAAUGGGCCCUUUGGAGACAAGCGAUACCAGCUGGCUGACUGGCACGCCCCAGAACCCGCUGGCAAUGGGUCAGUAUGUGAACAACUGCUCCAACGAGAGGCCCGCCAACGUGUGCUACCAGGAGUACGACGUUCCUGACACGAUUCCCGUCCAGCUCCGCCGAUACCUUCCCAACGUCAACUACAGUCCUUACUCGCAAAGACCUCUUCGCUGUGUGGUCCUCGUAUCACUCAUUGACAUCACGGCAGGAGAGGAGCUAUUUGCCAACUACUACACUAUUGUACACUAAAGUCAAGAUACAGUAUGGAACUGAAAAAUAAAUGAUGACUGCACAGCUCUUUGCGUGAUUAUGACUAAACUCAGCUAUAAUGGCACGUCUAUGCUAGUGUUGCGAUAAUACUGUUGGAUACAGAAGUGUUCUCCCUGAUUACAUGGAUAUUAGAUGAAUUGAAAACUUUAGAAAUUGUCCGUUGCCAUCCUAAGGACGCACUGUCAGAUUGUGCUUCUGAUCCAGAUAUAUGAGCUCACGCUUCAGCUUAACUUCAUUCAGGGGUAGGAGGCGUGAACUGGUUCUCAGACAAUCGCAGGGCACAUCCAGACAAACAACAGCUGCACUCACAAUCACAACUAGGGGCAAUUUAGAGUGUCCAGUUAAUGUUGCGUGGUUUUGGAAUGUGGGAGGAAACCCACGCAGGCACGGGGAGAACGUGCAAACUCCACACAGGCAGGGCCAGGAUCGAACCCAGGUCCUCAGAACUGUGACGUCAACGCUUUACCAGCUGAGCCACUUUUCCGCUUUCAAUUUAAUUCAUCCUAUUAUUUCGUUUAAAAAAAAAAAAACUAGAUUGAAGAUAUGUUUCGUCGGCAAGUAUCUCUCAACCAGUUGACAUGAUGGAAAAUGUUAUCAUAUUGGGGUCAGAAAUCAAGGUAGAUGUGGUAGAAUCCAGAUGUGAUUCAAGUGUAGACUUUAGGCCUUUGAAAUAAACUGCAGAAUCGUCAGAUAGUGCAGCAAAUAUUGUUGUCAUUCACAUUUUUUAAGUAAAUCUCACGUGAAUCAUCUCAAAGUAGUUUUGUACAU